AUGUUUCUUCAAGUGUUAUUUUUUCUAUUGUUUGCAUCCCCGUUGCUGUCUUACAAUUGCGAUUACACGCCGAGCGAUGUUGGUCAGCAAGCAGAUGUUGUUACACUGGAUUCUGCAGAGCAAACCAUUUCAAGACAAAUAUGUUCAACGGUUACACUCAAGUGUAUGAGUCCACAAUCGAACCGCUUGUUUAUGUUUUGGUCUGUCAAUGAUGUCAUCAUGUUUUCAAACGACAAACCUGUGAUACCAUUAGAUGAAUUUAAAUAUGGCGCGAAGAUUAUCACCGAUGGAAAUUCGAACAUUCUCGGUGGCGAGCUGACUAUUAGGAGCAUCAACGAAACGGACGACGCUACGUACAGCUGUCAAGUCCCGGCGGGAACCAAAUUCAAACUUCAUUUAAACGUACUCGUACCUCCGGGAACAUUGGCGUUAACGUUGACAAUAAAAUCCGGCACACCGGAUAUCUUAAGAGAGGGCAACCAAAUCACCCUGACCUGCUUCUCGGAGGGAGGCAACCCCCGUCCCAAUUUACUGUGGCGGCGAGGUGAUGUCCUGCUGGAUGCCAGCUUGUACAAGUGGGAGGGGUCAGGGGGGAAGUUUGGUAGGACGUUCAGCACGCUGCAGUGGACGUUGAGGUGGGAUGACCACCAAACUGAAUUCAGGUGCUUCGAUGACAAGGCUACAAUUUCUGCUUCGAAAACACUUUCCGUUCUGUGUGAGUGA